AUGGAUAUCCAGAAACAAUCAACAAAGUUUAUAAAGCCCGCCACUCAAACUCCUCCAACACUCCAUCACCACAAGUUAGGCCUCAUUGAUGAGUGUGCUCCUCCCUUCAAUAUCAGCGUUGUUUUCUUCUACGCUGCAGAUACCAAUAAUCCAAACUUUGUUUCCCACCUCGAAAAAUCUCUCGAGAAAACGUUGCCACGAUUCUACCCUCUUGCUGGUAGAUAUCUUGAAGCUGCAGAUCGUGUCAUCGAGUGUCUUGACCAAGGUGUUGAGUUCAUACAUGCCAAAGUGACCAACGUUAAAUAUGAAGAGAUUGUUGGCUCGGAAGAAAACUUAAAGCUGGUUGACCAGCUCAUUCCGUCUCCACUUGGGGCUGUUGACCAAGUAACUGACCCGUUACUUUCGAUUCAGGUGACCACAUUUGAGUCUGGAGGAGGGGUGGCACUUGGUGUUAGUAUUUCACAUAGGGUUGGUGAUACCGCUACCCUGUUCAUAUUCUUGAACGAAUGGGCUGCUAUAACUCGAGGAGAAAGUCAAACUGACUUCCCUCCUGGGUCGGGCUUCAACACAGCCUCAUUCUUUCCCGCUCGUGGGUCAAGUACCCCUAAACUAUUUCCAAGAACAAAAAGUAGUGAUAACUUGUAUAGAAACAAGUAUGUAACUAAGAAACUUUCAUUCAGUGAAAGUGAGAUUUCCAAUUUAAAAGACAAGGUGAUGGUUGUUGGAAGCGAGCACCAGCAAUAUUUCUCAAAGGUCCAGUUGGUGUCGGCUUUUAUAUGGAAGGCCUUAAGUGACAUGGACCAAAGAACAAAUGGGGAAUAUCCUCCAAGAUGUUCUGUUCUUCUUUGGGCAAUCAACUUGAGGGGAAAAUCCACAUCUUUAAUACCUAGUGAUUCUUGUGGGAAUCUUUCUACAGCAGUAUCAGCAAAAUGCGAAACUAACGAUGAAACUGUCGAAUCGUUGGCACGUCUUGUUAGAAAUUCUGUCAAGGGUUUCAUGGAUAGUUACUCAAAGGUAAGAGAUGAUAAAGAGCAAGUUCAGAAAAUGGUUAUCAAGUCCCGUUCAGAUGCUGCUGUUAUUCCUCCUAAUUCAACCGUGAUCCGCUUAACCAGCUGGUGUAAGUUCCCUUACUACCAACUUGACUUUGGUUUUGGGAAGCCCAUUUGGGUCAACCGUGGUCGGGCUAUUGGAAAAAAUGUAGUAUAUCUGAUGGAUGAUGCCGGAGGUAAUGGAGUUGAAGCUUAUGUAGGUGUUGAAACUAAAGAUGUUCCUUAUUUCGAAGAAGCUCUACUCAACAUCAAAGCUUAUUAG